AAAAAAAUGCAUAUGGCUUCCAGUACUAGAGCGAAGGUGGUCUAGUGAAAGCAUAUUUGGUGGAGGGCAGCACCGGAAAGUUUCUUGGCGUGUGGAAGGUCACGAUCCAUGUCGCCUUUGCGGUCGGUGGCCCUGACUGUCUCGCCCUUAUCUCUGGUGAAAUCAUCCAGCCAUGAACUAACAUUCCCAUCGCCGGAAAGCGUUCAUAUAUCCGUCUUUGUCUCUUCUAUCUUGGCGGUAUUUUCUUCAUGAACUGUUUGUGCGCCUCAAACAAUGCUGGUCUCUUGAAGGCUCGGGCUGAAGGCAUUGCCGGUGCCGGCUCCUCCCCGUGGGUGAUUGGUGUUAAAGAUGUCGGUGUCCAUGAGCUAGACUCGCAUAUCAAUGUCUGUAUCAUGAUGGCUGCCUGGUCCUAUGGUAAUGCCUUUACGUACACCACCACCAGGGUGCUCUACUCGGCAUCGUUAGCGAGUUUUUCCCCUAAGUUUAUGGCCACCUGUUUACCAAACGGGUCGUCUAUCUACUGUGUGGGCUUCUCGAUUUUGAUCAGGUGUUUGUCUUAUCUUUCCGUUUCCGACACUACGGCUGUAGUUUUCAACUGGUUUGUGAACCUAGCCACUACCAGGUUGUUGUGUAUAUACUUUGUCGUUUAUUUGACGUACUUUCAGUUUCAUCGUGCGUUCAAAGAGCAGGGAUUUACAGAGGCAGAUGCCUACUAUAAGGCACCGUUCAACUGCCAGCCGUAUGCCUCGUACUUCGGCUGUCUUAUGGUGGUUUUUUCCUUGAUCUUUAAUGGAUUCUGGGUGUUAUUCCCGGGGAAGUUCACGGUGGCCGACUUGUUCACGUGUUAUUUCUGCCAGGUGUUUUUUUGUGAUGUUCUACUUUUUCUGGAAGUUUUUGAAAAAGACAUUGAUAAGAAACCCGCUUGAUAUGGAUAUUAUAUCAGGAAAGCAUAAGGUUAAUAUGGAAGAAGAGGCGGGGUUGGCAGAAAUCAAUCAGAAGCCGGUAAAGACAGGCUGGUUCUGGAGGCUCAACCGCGGUAUAUCGCACUUUUUGUUUGAUUGAGCGGUAUGAUUUAGACAC